AUGUCCAUAGCUCCGAUCAUCACUUUCAAAGCGGGUAUCUGUGACCUGGAGGCAUCCGGCGAACCCCCCGUUGUCAGGCCCAAGCAGACCCCCGGUUACAUCUACCUCUAUUCCGAAGAUGAGCUGGUACACUUCUGCUGGCGCCCCAGGUCUGCUCCCCACUCGGAGCCCGAGCUCGACCUGGUCAUGGUCCCAUCCGAUGGGUGCUUCGUUCCAUACAAGCCCGCCGGUAACGCGACGCCUACCAAUGGUCGGAUUUACGUCUUGAAGUUCUCCUCGAGCUCCCAACGGUAUCUCUUCUGGCUGCAGUCCAAGUCUCAACACGAGGACGGCAACCCGAGCUGGUUCAGCCAGAGAGAUCUCAGACUCGGAGAGAUUGUCAACGGGCUACUCCAGGGUGAAGAGCUGGAUGUGGAAAAUGAAAUUGCCAACCUUCCUCGGGGCGGUCCUUCGGGCGGCGAUGACGACGAGACCAUGGAGGAUGUCGAAGGCGUAGACCACGACCCGAACCACAACCACGGAGGGAACAGCGGAGGCGCAGGCCCGGACGCUACGGGCGGUGAUAUCCGGGAGGAAGGCCAAGGAUCGAGGGAGGGUGGUGCCGAUGGUGGAAGAGCGGCGGCUGCUGACUCGGAUCCUUCAUCUGUCGUGCAGAGCUUCCUGCAGUCUUUGGGGGGCGCACGGCAAUCCCAAGACCCCGAGAGACCUUUCACUACUCUACAAGAUCUUCUUUUACCUCAGACUACACUUCCCUUCUUGGAAUCUGCGGACGAGAAAACUGUGGACAAUAUGUUGAGCUUCUUGCCCCCGUCGUUGCUGCUUCUGGCGCAGGAAAACGAUCCCGAGGAGGCGGCGGCGGCAGACCAGGACCCUGAUAUCGCUCAAGCAGCUCUGGGAUCCCUCGAUCUGACGCAAAAGAAAGAGAUUCUUCGCAAAGUCCUACACUCGCCCCAAUUCCGGCAGAGUCUCGCAAGCUUGACGGUAGCGAUAAGAGAUGGCGGAUUACCGAGCAUCAGCGAAGCCCUGAAAAUUCCAGUUGCAAAUGGAGGAUUCAUGCGUAGAGGAGGGGUUCCACUGGGAGGCGGUGAUGCUGUCGAGGCAUUCCUCCAAGGCGUUCGGGAUCAUGUCAAGGAUUCAGCUCAAGGAAACCGUAUGGACACCGAUUGA